AUGGCUAACUUGCUAAUAACUUUGUUCUUAAUUUCCAUUUUUGAAUUCUUGUUUCUUUCUAACGCAACAAGAAGCAAAACCACUUCACCAGCUUGUGGAAGCAGAUAUUGUGGAAGCUCUGAAGUAGCUAUUGAGUUCCCUUUCCAUUUGACACAGGAUCAUACUAGCUUUGUUGAAGGAGAUGCACGAUGCGGGUACCAAGGUUUUGAAGUUUCGUGUAACCAAAGGAAUUUGAUGAUUAGUCUCCCAAAUGGAGGAGGAGAAUUCAUCGUCAAAAACAUCUCUCUAGAGCACCAAUAUAUUUGGGUCAACGACCCUAAUGAGUGUUUUGCUAAACGGUUCUUGCAGGGCAAGGAUCUCAUCAAAGAUUCACCCUUCCUAUGGGGCCUUCCAAAUUCAAAUAGAGUGAUGUUUUACAAUUGCAACGAAUUAGCAGGAAUUGAUGUUGAUCCACAACUACGUCUUCCUUGCCUGAGUGACGAUGAGAAGCAUUAUUAUUCUGUUAUAGUUUUGUCAGAGUCAGAUAUUGAGAAUGAGAAUUAUUAUAGUUCAAGGUGUAGGAAUAUUGGGUCUGCUUUGUUUCCCGUUAAGGAUGUUUCAGAAGAUGAUUCUUCAAUAUCAUCACGGCAAAUAAGAGAUGAACUUGUUCAUUUUGAUAUGAAGUUGCAAUGGUUUAGGCCUAGUUGUUAUUGUAAGGAGGAUCAACACUGUGGCUUCAUACCAAAUACUGAUUUUGACGUUGUUUGUUACAACCACAAAAAUCAAGAACAAGAUAUGUUACUUGAACUUGACAGCGGUUAUUCCAAUAAUAAUGGUAAUGGGCACAUGCAAGCACUUUCCGGUACUAGUGGAAGUCCUCCAAGUUAUUAUUAUGGUGAAAAUGAAGAGAGCAAGUUUGCUAUAGCAUUGGGAACGCUAGGUAUAUUAAUAUUAUUAUUUUAUGUAGCAUUUCAUAUAACUAAGGAGAUGAGAGAAGAAAGGUUACGACAGAGAAUCAUGGAGACCCAACAUGCGCGAGCAAGGAGAAUGUUGUUAAGCCAACAGCGACAGCUAGGAGAGCUACGCAGAUUAAGAAUGAUGGAAUCAUCAUCAAUCAUCAGUGAGAGGUACCCUGCCACCAGCGAUGAGAAUUCAACAAUAAUAAUAGAGUUAGAACAAUGUCCAGUUAUCCAGCUAGGUGACAGUGGACAAUUGCCAACAAUGUUAAUGGACAACGUUUGCUCUAUAUGUCUUAGUGAGUACGAGGCUAAAGAAACAUUAAGGAGCAUGCCACAGUGUAAUCACUUUUUUCAUUCUCAUUGUAUUGAUGCCUGGCUCAAGAUGAAUGCUACUUGUCCCUUGUGCCGAAAAUUGCCAAUAUGA